AUGUCUGCGUUCGUGAAGAGCAAGUUGAAAGCUGCCAAGGAUGCUAUAGGCAAGCAAAAUUACGAGAAAGCGCAGGAAGCGGCGUUAGGUGUGUUAGAGUAUGAACCAGACAACUAUCACGCAAAUGUGUUCCUUGGUCUUGCAUACAUGAAGUUAGGCGAUCUCGAGAAGAGCGAGCAAGCAUAUCGCAAAGCGAUUGAUUCCAACGCCGUCCAAAUUCUCGCAUGGCAGGGGGUUUCCCAACUCUACGAGGUCUCCCGAAAAUGGGGCGAGUAUGCGCGAACUUUGGAGAAAUUGGCCCAUCUUUAUGCAACUGCGAAUGAUGCCACUAAGUGCGCGGAAGCCGUUCAGAAGCUCCUCGAGCUCCGGCGCGAUGAAAGCAAGAGCAACCGCAUACAGCUAGCGGAGGCCUUAUCCCUUCUACUGCCUGAAUCGCCUCUAUAUUCCGCCCUUUCGUCCCUUCCUCCGCCAGACCCAACGAAUCCUAUCUCUACGAACAUCGGAGAAACGCAGGCCGCGAUCCACAACUCGUUACCCGUAUUAGAGGAGCUCAUCUCUAUCUACGAGCAAGAAGAGAACAACACGGCGCAGAACGAGAUCUCCAAACGCAGAACACGUUUGGGUGCUCCGCCACUGGAUCAGAUUCACCGCGAUGUCACUUUGGAGGUCCUGGGCUCCUCUCAGCUCCCGCGCCUCUACGACGAGAUCCUCAACCAUCCGAACACCUCGGACGACCUACGGCGUAUCACCGAAGCGAAACUGCUCCGAACGAAGCAACGCCACCUUUAUGCCCUUCCUGUUACAGGAAAGCAGCAGGAUCCCAAAGCGCGACUCGCUGCUGAAGUAGAGAAGCUGAUCAGCGGAAUGGUUCUGCUCAAGAUUCCAGAUGACUUGGCGUGGUCGUUGUUCAUCGAGGGCAAAGACGUUGAUAGCAUAGAGGGUUACGAUUUCGGGACUUUAAGACAGUACAUCGAGCUGUUUCCGGCAUCGCCUUUGGAAAAGCUACUUCGAGCAUACUUCGAGUACAUGACCAUCCCCCUAGAUGACGACGAUGAAGACGAAAGAGGAGCUGCUCCGGAACCUGACACGGAGGUAGACCAUGUCGAAAUUAUCAUUGAAGCCUUCGCCGAGCUUGGCGAAUCGUUGCUCGCUCAUCGUAUUGUCGCCGAGCUCUACGAGCAGGACUCAGACUACGAAAACGCGAUCAAGGUAUCCGAGAGCGGGCUGGAGCUCGUCCGCCGCGCCGAGUUGAACUGGGGCAGACCGUUCAAACAAGUCACGAAGGCCUUCAACAUCGUAUUGGCGACGUCGCUGGUGCAUUGGUUCCCGCCAAAGAACCACAUUCGCGCUCUGAGAAUCAUCGACGACAUCCUCUUGGAGGAUCCCGACUGUGUUCCCGCGCUCAUGGGCAGGGGCUUCAUCCUUCAGUAUGCAAAGAGGUGGGAGGAGGCAGCAGAGUUUUUCAGCAAGGUGGUCAAGCUGCAACCUGAGGACUUCGACCAGGCGAGCCGUUCCAGGGAGGAGCGGGCGUGGUGUCUCGCUAUGUGUGGUCGACUACAAGAAUCUGCCGAUGGGCUGAGAGAAGUCAUCGACGCUCUUGAGAACAUCGAAGGCCAUGAAGAAGAUAAGGCUCGAUGUUGGUGGAAGCUCGGGCGAUGCUGCUGGCAGAUGGGUGACAAGAACCGAGAAGAGGCAUACAAACACUUCGUCACAUCGCUCAAGCGGUCUCCGACGUUCGCGCCUGCCUUCACAUCGCUGGGUAUCUACUAUUCGGAAUACGUCUCGCCGCCGGAUCCCAACAGAGCCUCGAAGUGCUUCCAGAAAGCGUUCGAACUUGACCCACGUGAGGCGGAUGCUGCGCGCAGACUAGCGGAGGGCUUCGCGGAAGAAGGGGAAUGGGACCUUGUGGAGGUGGUGGCGCGCCGCACCAUCCUGGGUGAAGGAGGCCUGGAGGACGGCCCAGAGGCGAGAGCUUCCCGUCGAUACCUCCCGAUCAAUGCCUGGGCAUGGAAGGCUGUUGGUGCAGUGGAGCUGACGCGACGGAACUACGUUGCUGCGAUCGAAGUAUUCCAAAUCGCACUUCGGGCGGAUGUCGACGACCACAUGUCUUGGCUACGGUUGGGCGAAGCCUACAGCAAGGCCGGGCGGUUCGCGGCAGCAUUCAAGGCACUCGAACACGCACGCGAGCUGGACCCUGAAGACUGGAUUGCAUCAUACUUCAUUGGCGAGGUGCAGCGGCAAAUGGGGCAGUACGAAGAAGCUAUCGAAGCUUUCCAGUCGAUCCGCGCUAGCCGUCCACAAGAACUGGGAGUGCUUCAUUCUCUCGGGCAGAGCUACCUUGACCUAGGCCGCUUCGAGCUCGCAACGGGCUUCUCAGCGAGAGCGGAGACGUCCUUCCUCUGCGCAGUCGACGUCAGCCUUGAUCUCUUGGACGCAAGCUCGGGCUUCCGGCGCGUGGCAUGGAAGACGAUCGCCGACGCGCUGUUCCAUCUGUCUGGCUUCGCAAACAUCUCCGACGACGAUCUCGCACGAGAGGUGCUCUCGCGGGUUAUCCCGCUAGUGACGGAUCAUCCUGGAAAGGGCCUCACUGACAUCGUUUCCUACCCUUUGUCCGUGGUGGACUCGAGUGACCUCCCGCUUCUUGCGCUCGACACAGCUCUGACAGCAUACGAUUAUCGCUUGACCCUCGGCGCCGUGGAUGACGCGGCCAAAGCAACUGUGUACUACGACCUCGGCUCCGCACUGUCGACGUUUGCUAGGCGGGCUACCGAUAGCGCGAAACGUGAGCACGCCCAGCAACACGCCAUCGCACAGUUCAAGGAGGCGCUGCGACACGAGCUUAGUAAUGAUGCAUUCUGGGUGGCACUCGGGAACGCAACCUUCCUGUCUCAGCCUGGUGUAUGCCAGCAUUCUUACAUCCGCGCCCUGGAGGUCGACUCUAAGAACGCCGCGACGUGGUCAAAUCUGGGACUGUUCUAUCUCCACCACGAGGACGCGGAGCUUGCCAACGAGGCAUUCUACAAGGCGCAGACUCUAGAUCCGGACUACGCGCUGGCGUGGAUCGGACAGGGCCUCGUCGCGUCAGUGAACGGACACGAUAGAGAGGCGCGCGCACUGUUCGAGCAUGCCACUACGCUGACCGCAACAGUGCCCGAGGCGGAUCUGGAGUUCGCAACGCGUCUCUUCGCAAAAAUCAACCAGUCGACAACGUCGCGCUCCGGGACCCAGGAGGCUUUCCUACCCGCCUUCUUCGUGCUCGACCGCUUCUGCAAGCAGCGCCCGCACGACGCCUCCGCGCUGCACCUCUUCGGCCUCGUCUGCGAGCGCGUCGGGCACAUUGACCUCGGCAUUGAGCUCAUUGGCCGCGCCAUCACCGUGCUCGAGGCCGCGUACGAGGAGUCGGAGGACGCAGCGAUCGAACGCCAGUUCACCGUCGCGCACACGAACGUUGCGCGCCUGCGGCUGUCUGCGGGCGACUUCGCCGGCGCGCUCGAGUCGUACCAGGUCGCGACGGGGUUGUUGCCCGACGAGCCUAGCGAAUACGAGGCGGACACGACGGUGCUGCUGGCUCAGUGCCAGUUUGGCGCAGGGCUCGCGCACUUCAAGCUUGGGGAACUGCCGGAGGCGCUCGCGCUCUUCGAGGCGGCUAUGGCGACGGCUGCGGACCAGCCCGUCGUGCGCGGUCACGUUGUGGUGCUGCUCGCUCAGACGCUAUGGGCAAUCGGGACAGACGAGGCGAAGGAGACUGCUAAAACGCAGCUCCUGCAGAGCAUCGAGUACGACCCCGAGAACCUCAUGGCGAUCAACACGCUCGCCGGGAUGGGCAUCCUCACGGACGACGACGGUCUCGUCGACGCCGCGCUCUCUGAAGUCCUCUCGCUGCCGCUCAACCAGCGGCAUGAGCGCGACCCCGAGCGCGACGUCACGUACCUCCUCGUGCAGCACCACCUUGGCCAGGGAGACCCCAAGCAAGCACUGUCCGUCGCCCAGAAGGCCGUGUUCGCAGAGCCCGAGCGCACCGACGUCCGCCGCUCGCUCGCCGCGCUCACGCUCCGGAGCGGCGCACACGGGGCGGCGCUCGCGGUCCUCGGGUCGCACCCCGAGGGCGACUUCGCGGAGCUGCGCGCGUCACUUGCACUGCAUGCGGUCGCGCUGUGCGUCGAGAGCUGGGAGGACGCCCCGGGCGCGCUCAGGCUCGCGCAGAAGGGCGUCAUGCUCUCGCCGUGGGAUCGGCGUGGGUGGGAGACACUCGCGUACGUCCGGAGUCGUGCCACGCCGUGAGCCCUGCGGAGACUGUCAGAUGAACGAGACAAGAACCUGUAUCGAUUAGCAGCAUGGAGUAGUCAAGAUAGUUGUUGUAAGCGCCAGUCGCGACCACGGAGGAUGAAAGGAAUGUAGUCGUAAAUUGAGCUGUGAAAUACACCGCGAUUAACCCGCCGUCUAUGGUACGUGCCAGAGUAUGCUAAAUAGUGCGCAGAUGCGCUGCGGCCGCUGGUCCAGCCGUGUCCGUCUAUGAUGACGUGUUAUAGCGUGCUGCUGCGUGGGACCCUACGCCUGCGCGGCGUCGUGCUGCCCGAUUGCAUUGCGCGCGAUAGCCAGUACACGCGUGCGGACCAGGUCGCUGUCGGUGCCGGUCUGCGCGAGCCACCAUCGGAGGCGCGCGCGUUGGGCUUCCGUCGAGAGACCCUCCGUGACAAUUCCGCGCUCCUCCAGCGCAUCACGGAGCUCGUUCACGGAGAGCCGCUCACCCGCGUUCUCGCGAGCCAGCAGCGCGUCGUCCGCCGCGAGUGCCUGCAGAUGGUUCUUUAUCCUGCGCAGGCGCAUAGGGGGGAUGCCGAAGGUGGAGAGCGACAGCACACCGCUGAGUGAAAUGAGCGCAAGGCGGUCGAGCAACGCGUCAACAGAUGCCGCGGGCUCAGCGAGCGCGCGUGCGUGGACCUGCUCGAAGGUGGGUCGCAUAGCAAGCGCGAACUCACGCUGCUUUUCGCGGCGCUUGUUGUCGAUGCGCUCCUUCUGCGAGGGGAGGAGGCACGUCGAGGGCAGCAGGAAGGGCGUGUAGAUCACGACGAGAGGGAUUGCCUCCUCCGCGAUGAUUAUGAUGAGUGCGAACGGGAUGAGCUUGAGGGCGUCCCGCUUGUAGUUCGCGAUGAAGCGCGUCUCCCAACGGGACAGAGGCGCCCCGCCGGCUGCGACGCGCGCAUGCAUAGCGCGGACGCGCAGGCGGUUAGUGUUAAUCAGCUUCACGCCGUUCCAGUAGAAUUUGAAGAGCUCCUUGGCCUGGUGGAAGAGCUUGCCGGCCCAGGACGCGUCGGCUGGUGGGGGCGUGAGGAUGCCGUGCUUCGACGCCUCCUCGUAGUCCUCCUUUGCGACUUCGAUCACCCCAUGCGCAUGGGUUGACGAUGUUGUACUAGCGGAGCCUUCUGAGGUGGAUUGGGAAGUGGAUGGUGUGUGUUCCGACACGGCAGAGGCUGCGCUGGAGGCAGAGGGAGAGGUGGAAGCAGGAGCAGAAUCCGAGGAUUUCGUCGGCUUGACGGGACCUGGACGGAGCUCGACCUUGUGCUUGCGAGGUGCGGAUCCCGGAACAGUCGGAGGGAUCUCCUUAGAGGUCGACACCGUGGUGGGAGGAGGCGUAGUGGAUACAAAGCGCGAGGCGAAGGGGUAGAUCGCCACUGGCCCGGAUGACCUCCAUGACGAACCGUCGAGCGUACGCACUGACAGAGUGAUAUUCCGAGAGCUAUAUCUCCUUGCGGUAGUUGCCCGAUGGUGUUUGGCUACCGCACGGCUAUCCACCAGGCCAUUCCGCCUCAACGAAGCAAGCAUUAAAAACGAGUCCUAAGGGUCCUAGCAGGUCCACGUCUCUCUUCCAGUGUCGUCCAGGGUGAUCGGAGUGAGAGCAGUCGAGGAAAGAUGGUUG